GCAGCUGCUGCUUCAGUCACCCGCUAGCCACCGCCUUGCUAGGUACUUUUGUUUUAGUUUUCCGUCCAGUUCAUGUUUAAUCUGCUAUGAAAUUUCUUCAGUUGUUUCUUUAGGAAUUAUGUGGUUUUUGAAAUAAAAGUGACCGGGAGAGAAAAGUCCAGCUGCAGACUGUGCUGCUGUAAGACUCAUCGUUGACAGUGGUGUUUAAAAAAUCGGAUAAUAUAGUCUUGAGACCGGUCGUGUACAUGGAAGAAAAAUGAAGAUAUUUACGCAGAAGAGAAUAUGAAAACUGUCAGCGCUGUUGACAUCUCCCUGGCCAUUUCCAAGUUUGCAAGAAAGAUCUCUUCGCUGAUGAAGUAAGGACGCAUCUACGUAUGUUUCAGAUAUGAAGUCCACAAGGAGAAGCGCCAACUGAGCGGCAGCAGGAGAGAGAGAUGAGAGGGGCCGCGGUCUCCUCUGCAGUAACGCUUUCCUAGCCUCUUUUUUUUUUAUUUUUUUAUUUUGACCACUUCACCGCGUCUGACCCCUCAUGGCCCCCGUGCGGCCUUUUCAUUUGAAUCUUCGGCCUGCCACGCUUCUGACCUGAUCUGCUUCGUUGUGUAUCUCAUCCCUCCUGACUUAGUUUGACCUGACUCGACCUUUCUGAAGUUGGAAUUUCGACUGAGAGAUUGAGACUUGGGUGUCCGUAGAGCAAUCGCAUUUGUGGCCACGACGUUUUACUCUCUUCAAAUGCUGCUACCUUUGGUCUCCUUCCGAGAGAGAUUCUGCAUUUGAGGCAUCUUUAGUGUACUGUUCAUGAUUUUUGUAUGUCAGUUAGUUUGUUUUUGUAAUGGUUCAUCCAUCUGACAAAUAAAGGUGUACGCUUUGUCAAAGUAUUAGUUAACUCAUCUUUUAUGAGAAUGAUUAAAAUUUGCGAUACUUAUCAGUUGGCACCUCGAACUUUAUCCGCCUAUGAAAGUUUGCCUUAACGAAAUUGAGCGCGAUUCAUAGAUUAGGAAAGUCUUAGACUCUUGAGAAGUAGCCGUAUCUGUCAGCAAAACCCUGCCUCUAGGAAAGGGAAUAUUUUCUUUUACAAAGCUCGGAACGAACGCAUUUAGACCACCGGAAGGCGGUAAUAUACUGCGUCCAUACCAGCAGCCUGAAUUUCGUUUCUUAACACAGUCUAUUUUUAUAGUAUUUUUAUAUAAAUUGAAUAUUUUAAAAGUAGCUGAAGACGUAGCCCAAUUGAGCUCCCUCGACAUUCCCAGCAGACGAUAAUUAUAGAUAUUAUAUAUAAUUAUAAAUAUACAUAUAUAUAUAUAUAGACUUUAUAGAGAGUUACUGAUUUAAGAGGAAGGAACUCAGACCUAGAAGGCCCCUGUCUCUUUCCAAGAUGGCGUUCAUUAACCAGAAUCUCAUUCUCCUGAAGAUCCUUCUCUUCACUUUUUAUGGAGCAUUCGGGUGCCUCAUGCCCUUCCUGACGGUGCACAUGAUGUCCAUCGGCUUGGACAUCAAGAAGAUCACGUGGAUCAAUUCCAUCCUGCCCCUGACGUCCCUGGUGGGCCCGCCGCUGGUGGGCAUGUUGGCCGACCGCAUCGGCCACUACAGGUUAAUCACCGUCAUCUGCAUGGUGCUAAGUGCCAUUCUCCACACAGCCCUGCUGUUCGUGCCCUCUUCGAAAGUGACCGAGUUCCCCUCAGUGGUCAAGUGCACCCCUGAGAGGGCAUGGCUCACAGUGAAUGCCUGCGGGGAGUCUUGUUCCGAUCUUCCCGAAUACGUUUCUUGGCACUUGAACUUGUCAGGCUGUCGAAAAGAGUGCAACUGGCCCCAACAAGAACCAGGAAUAGGUGUAGGAGAACCAACAGUUGAACAAGAUAAGGAAUUUGUUCUUUGCAAACACAAAUCAAAAACCAAAAGCUGCCAGCCUUUUAGGGAGGAUGAGGAGGAGGUCACCAUGGACUUUAUUCAAACCCUUUCAUUAAGAGAAAGUGAAGGGGAUGACACUUGCCAUUACCCUAUAGAGAAUUUCAGCGUCAACACCACACACUACACAGGUCUCACCUGUCAUUCAAAUUCACCUCGCUGCAACAUCACUUGUAAUUUCAAUGUGAUGAGAAAUGCAAGUGGCCCACUUCAUAAACAUGGGUGCAAGAUUGAAACCGGCAACCCAGACUUGACCCUGUGGUUAUAUUUUGGUGUCCGUGCAUUGUCAGAAAUGAUGUCUGCCAUCUUGGUAUCACUCUUAGAAGCUGUUGCCCUUACAAUGGUGCACCAGCACAAAGGGGAUUAUGGAAGGGAGAAGAUGUGUGGCCUUAUUGCUGUUGGUAUAUUUUCACCACUGGCUGGUUAUCUGAUGGAUGAGAAGGUUGGAACUUUUGGGGAAUACAAUUAUGCUCCAGCAUUUUACGUGUUUGAUGGGUUGAUGUUAUUGACUGCUGCCGUUACUUUUGCUCUCCCUAUUGAAGUCCAGGUGCAAAGGAGAAGCCUGAUGAAAAACAUAAGCCAGCUCAUACGAACAGCAGAACUUAGUGUGUUGCUCUUCUUGAUGAUAUUGUUAGGAACAUUUUGGGGAUACCUAAAGACCUUCCUUUACAUCUACCUAAGCAAGCUUGGUGCUUCUUGGCUACUGAUUGGACUAACAGUAACUGUUGGUAUUGUGCCCUCAUUGCCUUUCCUCUACAAGAGUGCUGCAGUUGUGCAGUAUUGUGGCCAUCACUACCUUAUUAUGUUGGCCUUCCUUGGUUACUGCAUUCGAUUUACAGGUUUAUCUUACAUUGAAAACCCCUGGUGGGCAUUGCCUCUGGAGUCACUUGAACUUUUCUCCCUGAACCUUAUGAAUGUAUCAGCAGCCACCCUUGCAUAUAAGCUUGCUCCCAAAAGCUUUGUAGCCACAGCUCAAGCUUUAGUCUGGGUUUCCCAUUUCAAUAUAGGCCGUUGUCUGGGAACAUUUAUUGGAGGUUCUGUUCUUGGGGAACAUGAAGGUGUCAAAGAUGGCUAUGUUAUUGUAUUCCAAAGUCUAGCAGUGGCUGCUGCAGUAUGUUCUGCUGUAUAUUUGGGUAUACAUCAGUUCGUCAAAUAUAGAAAUUCAAAAAGAAGUAUUGAACCAAAACCACAACCUGCUAGAGAAAAUGGAAACAUACCGAAUGGCCAUUACACUCCACUCCAGGUUGCUGAUGAAAGGUUUUGAUGACACUCGUGAGCUAGAUCUCUUUUCACUGCCUACUACAAAAGCUCUGUAGUACAAUGAGGAUUAUGUUUCCCAAGUGAACUGGUUGUCAUGUUGUGAUCUUUCCUCCAAAACAAGUGACAAACUAGACUGAGGCAUAUUAUAUAUAAAUAUAUAUAUAAUAUACAUACUGAGUACACAACAGAUUAUAACCCUGAAGAAUUUUAUUGAGAUUGAAGAUAGUCUGCCACUUUCAAGAACACUUAACCUGAGCGAAUAAACCAUUUGUACCAUUCAAACAAGUAGUAGUAAUGGUGCAUCACUUUCUGUAGUCAUGUACAUAGAAGACAGAAGUUAAUGGUCUAACAAAGUUAUCAGGUGUACAGUUUAUUUUAGAACACUGACCAGACUUACCUAUAAUAUAAUGAUAACAUUGUAUGGAUAUUUGUUUUUCCUCUCAAUCACUCUGUGACCUCAGGGUGAGAUUGAGAGUUCUAUCUGUGAUCAGUUUUCUGUUUGUUGUAUUGUGUAGUGAUGUUACUGGAUAAGGUCAGUGGCUGGAAUUAGCUGUGAUGUAUCACACUAAUUUAUUGCAGUGCUUACGCUGACUGUUACAUAGAAUGUUUGGAUGAAGUUGUGUUUUUCAUUAACUUCAGCAUGCAAAGUAAUUAAAAUGUGUAAAUUUAGUGGAUGAAUAAAUGGGAUGAGAUGUGAGAAUCAGAAUUCAGUUAAGACCUGGUGCUACUCAAAACUUUGGUCGUUAUGUGGGCAUCACACUACAGUCACCAGUGUUUAAGAUUUGUUGGUUGUAAAUAUUUUUGUACAACAAAAAGCCCUUUCAUGACUAUGAUA